AUGGAAUGGACGCAAACCUUUGUGUUAUUACUCAUUUUACAGUUAUUGUUCAUUCCAGAUACCAAAGGUAAUGCAAAUCGUCGCCGUCGUCGUCGUCGUCAAACAUCAGGAUCACUGUAUGGUACAAAUGCAAAUCUAGGUGCGAGUGCGCCAUCAGGAUUUAAUUAUCCUGCCAGUACGAAUAUCCAAGGAAUACGUUUAAACAAUCCCGAUGCACGAGACCUUCUCGGCAAUCCAAUCAUAUCAACAAAUGCAGAGGGUGCUUUAAGUAGUGUCAAUCUGUAUAAUCAACCGCGGCCUCAACAGCAACAGGUAUACGGAACAAACGAUCAAUCACUGCUGAAUACAAUGUAUAAUGGAAAUAAUUACUAUUCAGGAGGUACACGUGGUACGUCAUCAAACACACAGAUGGCUUAUCCACCCAAUAGUAAUCAAGUUUUAACAAAUAAAGAUCUUUACGGUACUAUUUCAAAUACAAAUACUAACAACAAUCAGUACGGCUACAGUAGUAACCUUCUACCGAACAGUAAUACCUAUGGUGGAGCGAUGGGAAGUAGUAGCAGCAAUUUAAUACCGAGUAGCAAUACUUAUACUGGACAAAUGGGUAGCAAUACGAAUCUAGUGCCGAAUAGUAAUACGUACAGUGGCGUUAUGGGUACUAAUAGUAACCCGAACUCGUGGUCGAAUACAAAUAACUACAAUCGUUAUAGUCAAGGCGGUGCUAAUCCGUGGUAUCCAAAUCGCGAUACAGGUUAUAGCAAUAAUAAUAACUAUAACAGUUAUGGCUAUCAAAGCGGAUAUUCAAAUUAUUAUAAUAACAGCUAUCGAUUAGACACAUCGUGUUUAUUGAUCAUUUUUACGAUUCUUAUGGCUCUAAAAAAAAAAUUCGUCGAUAAUCAGUUGUUGAAAGAAGCAAAGACUGAAAGUUCAUCAUCUUUUUCAACUCUGCUAUUAGAUCAAAACAAGAAUACAAAGAACAUGUUAACCAGUACUCUUUCAAGUCCAAUGGCCAAUGUCAUUCAUCAGAAUGACACAAAUUCUAAACGAACAGCUCGAUCGAAAAGUCAACCAUUGACGGACAGUCGAUAUACAUUUCUUCCAUCUAUAAGUCCGUCAGCUGUACGUCCAACAAGAAGUUUCUUUGAAAAUCUUCUUCGCUUAAAACCAUAUGGAUCGCUGUCGACAGCCAGUACAGGAGAUAAUCGAACGAAAGUCUCAUUAAACUUGGCGACUACACUGCCUAGUGACCGAUCGUCUCACGGUAAACAUGGAUAUCAAUCUAUUGUUUCAGGUUACAGCAUACAUUCACCUAUUCAUCAGUCUCCACGCGAUCACCGACCUCUCCCAACUCGUUUAAUAGUCAAAUUUCGUCGCGCACGUGAUUUAGUUUUAUUUGCUAUUUAUUGGUGUAAUUUUGCCCGGAAAAAAAACCAAUUGUGUUCAAUGAAGUAUCAAUCGUUUUCACAAUCAAUCGGUGGAAAAGACACGGUUAUAUUUGAUAAAUCAAGUUUUAAAAUUCAAACAACAGACAUUUUACCUAUUGUGAAGGAAUUCUUUACGCAAAUACCUGGUGAACGCGAUCUAAACAAAGCUGAUCCGGUUCGGAGAUGUUUAGCGGAUGUUCGACCGUUCUCUCGGUUGCCAAAGGUAUUUCAGGAUCAGUUAUUACAGAGUGCUUGGUAUGAAUGUUUUCCCGAACGUCGUACAAUUAUUCGACAAGAUGAGCGACCAGCUUAUUUUUAUAUCGUCCUUUCCGGUUCAGCAAUUCCAACGUAUAGAAGUGACAGUGAUGGUGCAGUCGAGACACUUCCCGUGCUGAAACGAGGGUCGACCUUUGGAGAUAAGAGUUUAUUGUAUGAUUCAAAGCAAAACUCGACUGUUAUGUCGAGAACACAAGUGGAAUUGUUAGUUCUAUCAAAAGAUGAUUUUAAAAAAAUUUUUGCGACGAGAGAUCGACAUUGUAGUAAAGCAGAUUUACGAUACUUGAAAAAUCACAUUGCGUUUCUACGUGGCUUUCCAUUGGAUCGCUUAAAUGAAAUCCCCAAUGGUAUUCAACAUCUUCAUUUUGGACCAUCGGAAGUGAUUGCAAAGGAUAGUCGACGGAUGAAGCAUGUGUUUAUUGUGAAAAAAGGUUCAUUGGAUAUAUGGAAACGUCUUGAUCCAAUCGAUGAUGAUGAACAUGAUCCAACUAAAACAACUUCAGAACGGAUGGAAAACGAGAAAAAUAUUGAUGUUGAUAAUGAUUUAACAGGAGAUACUCGUGCAUUAUUCUCAGACAUUCAUCUGGGUGGUGAUAGUAGCUCAUUGGUGAGUUCGAUUGGUCCCGAUACAGAUGUUCAUGCUAAUCAAUCGCCAGCUGAUGAUCGACGUGCCUCAUCAGCGUUAUCCACGCGAUCUCGAAGUAUCAUUCCUGAUGAUAAGAAAUUUCCUGGAUUAAUUGAUAGAAGAGAUCGAAUACAACUGAUUGAUUAUGAAACAUUGUCUAUAAAUAGUACAGGAACAAAGCUUACGUUAACAAACGCCUUGCUGAAGCCAAAUCAACUAAAUAUAAAAGAAACAACAAAAUGCCAAUUAAUCCACCCAGAUAAAAGACUCUACGUUCAUGUCAAAACACUAAACGAAGGACAACAUUUCGGUGUCACAGAUUUACUAUUUCCUAAUCAGCCAGCAUUAACAGUUGUUAGUAAUGAAUGUGAAUGUUUCUUAUUGGAUAAAAAUUGUUUUACUCAACUUUCUUCUGAUCAGUACAAGAAAGCAGUGCGACGAGCUGAAACACCUUUUCCGAAUGACACUGAAUUCGAUGAGAAAUAUCAUCAUCAACAAUUGUGGAAACGUUACUCAGAAAGAACGUACAAAAAAACGGUUGAUCGUAUCGCUCAACGACAGUCCGCCAAGAUCAAAUCAUCAUUACCAACUGAUGAACAUCAACAAUCUUCUUCAUUUGUCAUCGAUGCUGUUUAA